GGCUGCCGGGAGCGAUCAAAAUUUUCCUCGGCCCAUACGCGCCGCGGACACGUCCCCCACCCCACCCCCGCGCCCGCCCCGCGCCGCCCGGUCUCGGUUCCUGCGCCCCCGCACGUUUUCAGUUCGGCCAAGCCGACCCCGAGCAGUUUCCAUUCGUUGCUGCUCUUAUUUGCCUGCCUCUCCCCUCCCCUCCCCCGAAUUCGAGCCGGAGGCAGAUCUACGGCGGCGGCGGGCGAGGAUGGCGGUGAACUGGGAGCUGCGGGGCUGCUGCGACCGCGACCAGAGGAUCUUCAUCGCCGCCGUCGGCGUCUCCACCGUCGUCAUCCUCCUCCUGUGGAGGACGUUCCUGCUCACGCCGUUCAAGCUCAUCACCGUCUUCCUCCACGAGACCAGCCACGCGCUCGCCUGCAAGCUCACCUGCGGCGAUGUCGAAGGUAUGCAGGUCCAUGCAAAUGAGGGUGGCGUUACUCAAACUCGGGGUGGCAUAUAUUGGAUAAUCUUGCCCGCUGGAUAUCUGGGUUCAUCAUUUUGGGGAAUGAUCUUCAUACUUGCAUCCACAAAUCUCCUCACUACGAGAAUUGCAGCGGGUUGUUUCAUACUUGCAUUGGUUAUUGUUCUUUUUGUUGCAGAUAAUUGGUUUCUUCGCUGGCUCUGCAUUGGAUUCGUUGUAUUCAUCGCUGUUGUUUGGGUCAUACAAGAAUUUACAUCUUUCCAUAUUCUGAAAUAUGUGAUCUUAUUCAUAGGUGUGAUGAACAGCUUAUUUUCAGUUUAUGAUAUUUAUGAUGACUUGAUAUCCCGAAGAGUUCAUUCAAGUGAUGCUGAGAAGUUUGCUGAAAUCUGCCCUUGCCCUUGCAAUGGUUUUGCAUGGGGUGUUAUAUGGGGCUUCAUUUCAUUUAUUUUUCUCUGUGCGUCGAUAUAUCUUGGACUGGUCAUAUUGUCUUGAGGAUUUCAACCUCUUGCCGUUUUGAUCUGACAACCAACUCAGGUGGGCUUUUUCUGAGCUCCCAUUGCACCAGAUAUUGGUUGAAGCUUACAUUGUUCUGGUAGUUGUACAGAGUUCUUGGAGGGUAAACCUGUAUAUCCAUUGGAAUUAAAUUGGUGAGGAUUAUUCAUGCAAUUCUUCCAUUUUAGCGAUUCUAUAGAUACAUUUUGCUUAGCGUUUGUAUUUAUGGCUGGUAGCCUUUUCUAUUUAGGCACUGUAUAUCAUAAUAUCUUGCCUUACUUCUCAUUCACCCGAUUCAAAAGCAAUGCAGCAUUGUGCAUUUCAUCUGGCGCCCAUUGCCAGAACGA